GUAGCUUAGUUAUGGAUUCUCUCUUUUUGGCAAAACUUGGUUUUUUCCCAGUUUCUCUGUCAGAUGGUUAACUUUGUAGCCAAACUCUUUGUUGAUGAUAUGGUUAAUAUUAAUAUUUUGAUCGCUUUAUUUGAAGCCUGGUCUUAAUGCUGUUGGUGUUCUUGAACUGUUCUUAGAUGCAUCUUUAUCAUUCUUUUGUCCAUCUUGGCUUGGCUUGGCUUGGCUUUCAAAUUAAAUGUUCUAAAUUUCAAUAAUCUACACUGUGAGACUUUUGUAAAUUCUGGUAUUGUCUUUAAUUCUGGCAUUAGUAUUGGGCUUUUGACGAUUCAGCUUCACAAGCUGUACAGAAACCGCUGCUUGUAAAGAAGACACUUUUGCUGAAUUGGCUUUUGUAAAUGAUGGAUGAAAAGGAUGAUUCAUAUUCAUGUGAGAACAACAUGAGACUUCCUAUAUGCAUCUUCUUUAAGCAUGCUAGACACGUCUUUAGAUUGGACAAACUUGGCUUGGAAAUAGCUUCUAUUGCAUUCCCUGCAGCUCUGGCUUUAACAGCUGAUCCGAUCGCUUCUCUAGUUGACACAGCAUUCAUAGGCCAAAUCGGUUCAGUGGAGCUUGCUGCUGUGGGAGUUUCUAUUGCUCUGUUCAAUCAAGUGUCACGGAUUGCGAUAUUCCCCCUCGUCAGUGUCACAACAUCUUUUGUUGCGGAAGAAGAUACCAUUGGAAGAGUAAGUGCCGAAGAGACACUAGAGUGUGAGAAUCUCGAAGCAGGUUCGUCUGUAAAUGUUGAACAUCAACAGUUGAUAGCAGAAAAUGUAUCAAAACCAGCUGGUGAAAGCUUUGAUAUAGAGACGGUCGAGCCUGGGAGAAGACAUAUUCCAUCAGCCUCAUCAGCAAUGGUGAUCGGUGGAGUCCUUGGCCUGCUUCAAGCUAUAUUCCUCAUAUCUGGAGCAAAACCUCUGCUGAACUUUAUGGGAAUCAGUUCUGAUUCCCCUAUGCUAAAGCAUGCACAGCAGUACUUGACAUUGAGGUCCCUUGGUGCUCCUGCAGUUCUUCUAUCUUUAGCAAUGCAAGGAGUGUUCCGUGGAUUUAAGGAUACAAAAACACCUUUAUACGCGACCGUGGCAGGAGAUGUGGCUAAUAUUAUUUUAGAUCCGAUCUUCAUAUUUGUUCUUCAUCUCGGUGUCAGUGGCGCAGCUAUCGCCCAUGUCAUUUCUCAGUACUUGAUUUCAAUUAUACUUUUGUGGAGACUCAUGGAUAAAGUUGAUCUCUUACCCCCGAGUAUCAAACACCUUCAAUUCGGUCGAUUUCUCAAAAAUGGUUUUCUGUUAUUAAUGAGGGUGGUGGCCGUUACAUUCUGUGUGACUCUGGCUGCAUCGCUCGCUGCACGCCAGGGGUCGACAUCCAUGGCUGCUUUUCAGGUCUGCCUUCAGGUUUGGUUGGCAACAUCUCUUCUUGCUGAUGGACUUGCAGUUGCUGGUCAGGCUAUUCUUGCAAGUGCAUUUGCGCAAAAAGACUACGACAGGGCGACUGCCACUGCAUCCAGAGUAUUACAGUUAGGCUUGGUUCUCGGGUUGAUGCUUGCGAUAUUCCUUGGAGUGGGAAUGCAGUUUGGGGCUAAGUUGUUUACGAGUGAUGUCAAUGUUCUCCGUCUCAUCAGCAUAGGGAUUCCGUUUGUUGCAGCUACUCAACCCAUCAACGCUUUGGCGUUUGUUUUCGACGGUGUCAACUUUGGAGCAUCUGAUUUUGCAUAUUCAGCAUUCUCCAUGGUUUUGGUGGCUAUUCUCAGCAUCCUAUGUCUCUUUGUUCUCUCCUCCACAAAUGGUUUUGUUGGAAUCUGGGUUGCUUUGACUAUCUACAUGAGUCUUCGAACAUUUGCUGGAUUUUGGAGGAUAGGGACAGGAACAGGACCUUGGGAAUUUCUACAUUCCAGGGGCUAAUUUGCUUCUUCUUGUUCUUCUCUGAAGUUGCAAAUUUGUUUCAAUUACUUCAUAUGGAAUCUCAUUUGGCGUAGUUCAAGUUAUUUUUGCAGUCUUCUUUUUAUUGUAUUCUUUGGAGUUUUGAUGGCUGGAAAAUUUCUACAGUUCUGUAUUUACUUGUGCAUAAAAACUUAGAGUAGUAGAUAUCUGUUAUGUGAGAAAACAACGCAAGAAGAAAAAAAA